CUCCCUUUAUCUCCCUCCCUCUUUCUCUCUUUUCGGGGGGUUUAAUUCUCCCGGAGCCAUCGCGGUGGCAGUUCACUCCACAUCCGGGACCACGGCGGUGCGUUGACUCCAUUAUUGUCCCAAAGUGGCGGAGUGCUCCAUCCGACCUGUCCCCCAUCUGAAGACACGCUUCCCGGGACUGGAGGCCGGGACCCGGAGGACAUGUCGAACCAAGGAGUGCGGAGGAACGGCCCGGUGAAGCUGCGACUAACAGUCCUCUGCGCCAAAAACCUGGUGAAGAAGGACUUCUUCCGCCUCCCGGACCCCUUCGCCAAAGUGGUCGUGGACGGCUCGGGGCAAUGCCACUCGACCGAUACCGUGAGGAACACACUCGACCCCAAGUGGAAUCAACACUACGACCUAUACAUCGGGAAAUCAGACUCCAUCACCAUCAGUGUGUGGAACCACAAGAAGAUUCACAAGAAGCAAGGGGCUGGGUUCCUGGGAUGUGUCCGUCUUCUGUCCAACGCCAUCAACCGCCUUAAAGACACCGGCUACCAGAGACUAGACUUGAACAAGCUGAGCCCGAACGACAGUGACACAGUCAGGGGCCAGAUUGUGGUGAGCCUGCAGUCCAGGGACCGGAUCGGCACGGGAGGCCCUGUGGUGGACUGCAGUCGGCUGUUUGACAAUGAUCUUCCAGAUGGGUGGGAGGAGAGGAGGACCGCGUCUGGACGGAUCCAGUACCUGAACCACAUCACACGUACAACGCAGUGGGAGAGGCCAACCAGGCCUGCAUCGGAGUACUCCAGCCCGGGCCGGCCACUCAGCUGCAUCGUGGACGAGAACACGCCCGUCAGCACGAACGGGGCCACGCCCACCACAGUGCUGCCACCCCCCGACGGUGACCACCGGGUCCAGGAGAGACGGGUCCGCUCGCAAAGGCACCGCAACUACAUGAGCAGAACCCACCUGCACACGCCCCCCGAUCUGCCUGAGGGAUAUGAGCAAAGAACCACGCAGCAAGGGCAGGUGUACUUCCUCCACACUCAGACAGGUGUCAGCACGUGGCACGACCCCCGAGUACCCAGAGAUCUGAGCAAUGUGAACUGUGAGGAGCUGGGUCCUCUACCUCCAGGAUGGGAGAUCCGCAACACCGCCACCGGGAGAGUUUACUUUGUCGACCACAAUAACAGAACCACGCAGUUCACAGACCCACGCCUCUCCGCCAACCUGCACCUAGUUCUAAAUCCAAGUCCUAAUGGUUGUCGAGGAGGCAUCGAAAGUCAGAAUGUCAGUCGUCAGAACCAGUUGAAGGAGCAGGCCCAGCAGGCUCUGGUGUCCCCCGCUCAGCUCCCAGAGGAGGCCGAGUGCCUCACGGUGCCUAAGUACAAGAGGGACCUUGUCCAGAAGCUCAAGAUCCUCCGUCAGGAACUGUCCCAGCAGCAGCCUCAGGCGGGCCACUGCCGCAUCGAGGUGUCCCGGGAGGAGAUCUUCGAGGAAUCGUACCGACAGGUGAUGAAGAUGCGGCCCAAGGACUUGUGGAAGAGGCUAAUGGUGAAGUUUAGAGGAGAAGAAGGUCUCGACUAUGGAGGAGUGGCCCGGGAGUGGCUCUACCUGCUGUCACAUGAGAUGCUGAACCCGUACUACGGCCUGUUCCAGUACUCCCGCGAUGACAUCUACACGCUGCAGAUAAACCCUGACUCCGCUGUCAACCCCGAACAUUUGUCCUACUUCCACUUCGUGGGCCGGAUCAUGGGAAUGGCCGUGUUCCAUGGCCACUACAUAGACGGAGGCUUCACUCUGCCCUUCUACAAGCAGCUGCUGGGUAAACCCAUCACCCUGGAUGACAUGGAGUCUGUUGACCCCGACCUGCACAACAGCCUCGUCUGGAUCCUGGACAAUGACAUCACAGGUGUGCUGGACCACACCUUCUGCGUAGAGCACAACGCCUACGGGGAGAUGAUCCAGCAUGAGCUCAAGCCCAACGGUAAGAGUCUGCCCGUCAGCCAGGACACCAAGAAGGAGUACGUCCGGCUCUACGUCAACUGGCGUUUCCUGCGAGGCAUCGAGGCGCAGUUCCUGGCUCUGCAGAAGGGAUUCAACGAGGUCAUCCCUCAACACCUGCUCAAGGCCUUCGAUGAAAAGGAGCUUGAGCUGAUUGUUUGUGGCCUGGGUAAAAUCGACAUCCACGACUGGAAGUCCAACACGCGGCUCAAGCACUGCACCUCGGACACCAACAUCGUGAAGUGGUUCUGGAAAGCUGUGGAGACGUUCGACGAGGAGCGGCGAGCUCGGCUGCUGCAGUUUGUCACCGGCUCCUCUCGAGUUCCUCUGCAGGGCUUCAAGGCGCUUCAAGGUGCUGCUGGUCCACGGCUCUUCACCAUCCACCAGAUUGAUGCCAACGCCAACAACCUUCCCAAAGCCCACACCUGUUUCAACAGGAUCGACAUUCCUCCGUACGAGCUCUACGACAAACUGUACGACAAGCUGCUCACUGCCAUCGAGGAGACGUGCGGCUUCGCUGUGGAGUGAGACGCCCGACCCCCUCACCUGCCUGCCCCCUUCCUCCAGCAAAUCAACCAGGUUCCUUGGGGGGGUCAUCCACGGUUGCUUUCCCCCCCAGGGACGCACACACCUACCAGGCACAUGUGGCCAAGCUGGGACCUGAGGACCAGAACGUUUCAUCUGACUGUUGGUUCGAAACCCUCCGGCUCUUCUUCUGUCUCUUUUUUAUCAUGGAUCUCUUCAGCUGCUAAUAACUCAAGACUAUUUACUAACUUGUGGACCCUGCAAAGAUUUGCCGGAUCUUCCCUUUUUUUAUUUCUAAGUUCAUUUUAGCAUUUGAAAAAAAAAUAGACUGUAUCUAUGUAGCAACGCUCCAUUUUUACCAAGCGGAACACAAGCUUUCCGGAUCAACACUAACAAGACUGGUUUGUUUCCAGAGCGUACAGGGUUAUUACUGGUUCCCACAGCCACUAGGAAACACUAAAUUUGGACGUGGAGUGACUCGAGCUGUUCGGUGCCUCGCUGGGAAAACAUGGACGACAAGGCAAAUAGCGGAGACUGAAUUAGUUUGACUGUUUACAACCUUCUCCAAAGACGGCGGCUGGGACCUGUUCUCCCGAGACGCUGCCCGACAACAAGCGCUGCUUUCCCACAAACACGAUUUCACACGUCUGAAUGCCAGUUCUGUUUGGAGAAUGAAUAAAUGAAUGCAUAGCAAGGAAUGUGUUAUUUUUAUAUAACAGGGAAAAAAUUGAAAAAGAAAACAAUAAAAUUCUAUAUAAUAUAUAUAAUUUAUUGUUGUUAUAUUUCAGAAACCCCGUUUUUUUCUCCAUUGUUUCAGAAAAAUAAGAUCUUUGAACUAUUGUUAAAUUAUAGAAGACAAGUUGUGCAAAUGGAACUAAUCUUGACUGAAGUUCACUAAAGAAAUCUUUAAUCAAUGUCCCCUGAGUGCCAUAAACAUUUUGAGUGAAUGAAUCUUUACAAAUAUUCAGCACGCCCUUUAAUAUUCUACUGAUUUCAUCCUGGAGCUACUUAUGGCGUUGUGUUGUUUCCCUUUUUCCCCUUUUUUUACAAUCGCCACGAGCAUGAGAUCUACCUUUAGAUGUGUCCAAAGUCUGUCACAAUCUAGUUUGCUUUGUCAUAGAUAAAAACGAGAAAACAAAACUACUACCUUUGAGCCAUGUGGUGCUAAAAAGCAUUAAGUUUAGUCUUGUAUCGGCGACUUUUACUCACUGACCUACUACUGCUUCAAGUGCAUGGUUCACCGCUCGUGUCUGAACCCGUUUGUGGCCACGAAUCCUCUCUGAGAAGUCGACGGCUCCACCCAGGCCGAGUCCUCAGGAGACGACAUGUGACUAGAAACCCAAUUUUGACCAUUUGUUACGUGUCGGGGGUUCGAAGACGCGCCGUCAUUCUGCACCGCUUGUCCACAGCGACUGUUGCAUGUCUCCGAAUGUGCUUUGGGUUUGAAAGUGAACCUGAAUGAGAUGAACUCCUGCAGUUUCUUUUUUUAGAGAAAGUGUGUGUGUGUGUGUGUGGCAGGGGGGGAGGUGGUUGUUUUCUAUGAUUAAAAAGGAAAAAACUCUUGAAUGUUUUCAGAAGAUGCUGCCUGUCUAGCAAUCUCUACGACCGUGGACUGUUCUUAACGAUUGCAUACACUAAAAAAAAAAAAAAGAGAGAAAAGAGAAAGAUGAACGAACUGUUAGUUUUCAUUCUUUUCGUAGACGAGUGUAUGCAAAGUGGAAAGUGUCCUCAGCUGGUGCUUUGUACAGUAAUAAGAUAUUGUUCAUAUACUGUAUGUGGAUCAAACAACCUGUAAUUUAUCUUUAACUUAAGUAGAAAAAAGGUUUUUUGUUUUUAACUGAAAAGAGGAAAUUGCACACAAACCGAAUGAGGUCACCAGGUGUGUUUCCGUGGUGACGUCUGCACCAGAUAUUAAUUCACCUUUUUGAGUCCAGUGCACAAGCUCCGACUGUUCGAUCCCACACGAUACGAGAACUGAACUUUUUUUAUUAAAAGGGUAAAAAGUGCGGAGACGCAGCUCUUUGGUUUUGUUUUGUUAACUAGCAUGAUCCACUUAGCAGGACUAUAUCUCUCAUAGCUGACUGAUGCAAUUUGAUGUAUUUUAACACUAUCAUUUUGUAAGAGUAUUUUAUUUUUGUGUGUCAUUAGUUCUAAUUAAACUUGCCUUUGUCUAACAAUGUUACAAGCCUUGUAUGCAGAUGUAUCCUUGUUUUGAUUGUCAUAAACGAGAAUUUUUAAUCUGAGUUAUUGUUCGACCACUUGAUGUAGUAACGCUCUUAAACAGCUCCUUUGGUACAGCAGGUAUUUGCAUCAGGGCCUCGUUGAUCAGAAUAAUGAAUGUCAAGUAGGGUUCGUUUUACACUUGAAUGGUCGAUGGCCCCACCUCCCACUGAGUAUUCAUGGUUCCACCCUUAAGACGUCUGGCAGAUGGAUCCAAGGGGGGGGCA